GGGCGUGCAGCGGUUCAAAGAGGAAAGAAGAUGGCGGACAACAAAGGCGAGGAGGAUAUGGAGCCGUCUGCUAAUUCGGACUGUGUGCCCUCAGCACAAGAUAACGAUAAGCCAGAAAAGAAAGAUGAAAAUGCGGUCAUAGUCAUAGACUCGAAUACAAAGGGCGAGGACGAAACAGAGUCCAACAAUAAAGGCAACGAGACCCCGACACCCACCAGCGACGGCGGGGACGUUAGCAGCAGCGGGGCUGCUGCUGCAGCAGCAGUUGUGGAAGUCAAUGUUAGCGUUAGCAACGCCGUCAGCCCGACUGGCACCAGCAGCACCAAUGCGGAGCCGAUGGCAGCGGAAGCCGUGCCCGCCGCGAAUGCCCCCGUCGGCGGUGUCACCACUGAAAUGUCCCCCCCGCCGACGGCUCCGGCGGCCACGCCGGUACCGACUCCCAUUAAUUUUCUGGAUACGUGCGCAGUGUGUAAACAAAGUCUCCAGAGCCGCGACUGUGAACCCAAACUUCUGCCCUGUUUGCACUCCUUCUGCCUGAAAUGUAUCCCGCAACCAGAUCGACAGAUCAGCGUGCAGGUACCCGGACCACACGGGCAAACGGACACACACAUAGUAAAUGUUAUGCGCUGUUCGGUGUGCCACCAGGACUACAAACAGAGCGACAUCAUUGAUAACUACUUUGUCAAAGAUACCACAGAGGCCAGCGGAGCGUCUGAUGAAAAGGCUGCACAGGUAUGCACGAGCUGCGAGGACAAUGCAGGAACCAUAGGGUUUUGUGUGGAGUGCGGAGAAUGGCUGUGUAAGACCUGCGUGGAGGCCCACCAGCGGGUGAAAAUAACCAAGGACCACAAGAUCCACACGAAGGAGGAUGCUGACGCUGCCUCCGAGUCAGUCGGUACGUCAGGACAGAGGCCUGUUUUCUGUCCGAUCCACAAGCAGGAGCCUCUGAAGCUCUUCUGUGAGACCUGUGACACCUUGACCUGUAGGGACUGCCAGCUGCUGGAGCACAAGGAGCACAGGUAUCAGUUCCUAGAGGAGGCUUUCCAGAACCAGAAAGGCAUCAUUGAGAUCAGCGUGGCCAAACUACAGGAAAAGAAGAACUAUGUCCAUUACUCUGUGUCUCAGGUGCAAAGCAGGUUAAAAGAGCUGAACGACACACACAAGAAGGUGGAGCACGAGAUCAAAAUUGCAGUAUUUACUCUUAUUAAUGAGAUCAACAAGAAGGGCAAGUCCCUUCUGCAGCAGUUGGAGAGUGUGACCAAAGAGCGCAGUAUGAGGCUUGUGUCUCAGCAUAAGGACACCACCCAGCUGGCCCAACAGAUCCACCACGUCCUCGGCUUCUGCCAGUGGGCCAUCACUACUGGCAGCAGCACGGCGCUGCUCUACAGCAAGAGACUGAUUCUGUUCCAGCUCCGCCAGCUCUUCAAGGCCAGACUAGAGCCGGCGCCCCAGGCGAACGGAGUUGUGCGCUUCUUUUGUGACCCCACCUUCUGGGCCAAAAACGUAGUCAAUCUAGGUAAUUUGGUUAUCGAGAAGCCCCCUAUUCCUGUGCAACAGCCUGGCGUGAUGGUGGGAGGACCACCCAUUUCUCCAGGCCAGGUUCAUCACAGUAAACAAGCAGGACAGAUCAACCUAGCCCAGCUCCGACUGCAGCACAUGCAGCAGGCGGCCUAUGCACAGCAGAAGCACCACAACAACCAACAACAACAGCAACAGCAGCAGCAGCAGCAACAACAACAACAACAACAACAACAACAGCAGCAGCAGCAGCAACAACAACAACAGCACCAGCAGCAGCAGAUCCAGCAACAGAUGCGCAUCGCCUCCCAAAUAUCCCAGCAGCAUGCAAGACAGACUGCACAACCGAUGGGUCAGCAGCAGCCGCCAAGGCUCAUCAGUAUGCAACAGCUAACGAGAGGGCCUGUGGGUAUGAAUGGGGGGCCAGGUCCCCCCAUGUACUCUUCCUCCCACCAUAUGCGUCUCCCGGGUCCACCACAGGGCCGAAUGCCCACAGCUCAGCCCAGACUUAAUGGACCGCAGUAUCCGGCCAUGAUGCAACCUCAGCUGCAGAGACAGCAUUCCAACCCCGGCCAUGCAGGCCCUUUCCCGGUGGCAUCCCUUCAUAACGCCAAUCCCACGAGUCCUACCAGUGCAAGUGUGGCCGGUGCCCAUGCUCACCGCGGCCCCGCAAGCCCCAUCAUAGGCCCCAUCGAGCUCAUCCCCUCCGUCACCAACCCUGAGAACCUGCCCUGCCUGCCGGAGAUCCCGCCCAUUCAGCUGGAGGAUGCCGGUUCCAGCAACCUUGGACACCUCCUGUCUCGCUACAUCACAGCCAGCACGCAGCACCACCUCGGCUCAGUGGACAUGAACCCGUCGCCUGGACUCUCCACACACUCUCCUGGAUCAUCAGGUUUGUCGAAUGCCCACACGCCAGCACGACCUUCUAGCAAUUCCAGCACAGGUAGCAGGGGCAGCUGUAGCUCUGCGGGGAAGGCAGGGCCGGCAGGCGGAGCUCCUGUGGAGCAGAUGAGGGUGAAGCAAGAGCCUGGUACAGAGGACAGCUACAACUGUCCAGCAUCUUCUCUGAAGAUGGAGCUUGGAAAAGAUUCUGGGAGGAGUGCCUGCAUGAUGAGCAGUCCGGACAACACCACCCAUCCUGUAUUGGGAGUUGCAACUACUGGCCAAGAUGCUCUCAAGGUUUUAGUGGAGCGCGUCAAAACAGAACCCCAAUCUGACACUCCUUGUUCUGGACUAAAUGGCUCCAGCGCCGCAGCCUCUUCUUCUGCAAAUUCAACCAUGACCUCCACUACCUCAUUAUCCACCGAGAACAACAACAACAACAGCAGCAGCAGCAGUACAGUUGGCGCUCCCCUCACUAAUGGAAACUCCAGCAAGGGGACAAACGACAAAGGGGAGUUGGCUGGAACAGGCAACUCUGGUGGGAAAGAGGAAGAUCCCAAUGAGGACUGGUGUGCUGUUUGUAUCAACGGUGGUGACCUGCUAUGCUGUGACCGCUGCCCGAAAGUCUUCCACAUGAAAUGCCAUGUGCCCACCAUCAAAAUAUUCCCGACGGGCGACUUUCUUUGUACGUUUUGCCGGAGCCUGACCACCCCCGAGAUAGAGUACUGUGACGACAGCAAGAAAAUCAAAGGAGAGCAGGAGCUGAGUCCAGAGGACCAAAGGAAAUGUGAACGCCUCCUGUUGCACAUCUUCUGUCAUGAGCUCAGCGUGGGCUUCAGAGAACCGGUUCCUAGCUCUGUGCCCAACUACUUCAAGAUUAUCAAGCAGCCCAUGGACCUGAAGAAGGUGAAGAGGAGGCUGCAGUUGCGGAGCUCCCAGUACUACCGCUCCAUCCAGGAGUUUGUGUCCGACAUGCGUCUGAUCUUCAAAAACUGUGCGGAUUACAACGAGAUGUCUCGAAUAAUCCAGGUUUAUGAUGAGGAGAAACAGAUUAAUACGCAGGUGGGAUCAGAGAUGGCGAUAUCCGGCAAGGCGGUAAGCCUGUACUUCGAGGAGAAGCUGCUGGCGACGUUCCCAGGGCAGAGCUUCCCUGAACGACAGAAACGCGAAACCGAGUGCCCCGAGUCCAAGGAGAAGAUGGACGACGGCGACACGGACGACUCCGAGGACCACUUCAUACAGCCCAGACGCAAGCGGUUAAAAACGGACGACAAAGUGCUCCACAUUAAGUGAGAACCCAUUCACAGACGAAACAAAACUGUCUUCCUCCAAUCCCACGUUUCUCCUUUUUGUUUGAGGCCGCAGCCAAAACGGACAAGCAUCACUGUACAAACUGCUUCGGGGAAAAUCGCAUCCUCGCCUUGGAAAUAAUUACUGUCAACUACAUUAGACUUCUGCCCAGAACUGUUGAGGACAGAAGCAAAGAAGAGCUGCGUUUCCUCCUCGUUUCACAGACACGGAGCAACUCGCUUGUACAUAUUCUGAAGUAAGACUUGUUUUGAGGUAGUUAAGUUACUGAUUGCUACUUUCUUUUCUAUCACCCAUAUUCAUUUGUCGAUUUGUUGUUGCGGUUGCUUUAUAAAACGUUGGAUCUGUUCCUCUGUUCCAGUUCUUAAUGUAUUAUAUCUAUACUUUGACGUGAAACCAAGUAUUCGUAUUACUUUGUGGAAGCAUUGUGUAAAUAAGAGAAUCUAGCCCACUGAAGGUAUUCCCACGGUAUAGAUGUUUGGUUGCGUCAUCAAUAAAACCUCUUGAAAUAUAUCCAA